UUGAUUUCUGGGGUCUUCCUUUUGAAUAUUCCUCUUAGGGCUGACUCCUAAGGAUGCCCAAGGCUGCCGUGAAGCUGAUCAUAACCGGAGAUGACUUUGGCUAUUGCCCAAGAAGAAAUCAAGGCAUCGUAGACUGCUUCCUUGCUGGAGCCGUGUCCAAUGUUUCUCUUCUGGUCAAUGGCAGCGCUGUGACCAACGCAGUCCAACUGGCGAGGAGGCAUCGCAUUCCAAUAGGACUCCAUGCUAACCUUUCUGAGGGUUCUCCUGUUUGCCUGGCGCUGAAAGAGAAGUCCUCACUACUCAACGAAGAUGGGUUCUUUCAUGGAAAGAUGGGAAUCCGGACAGCAUUAGCAGAAGGUCUCCUUAACCUGUCUGAGGUGAAACAGGAGCUAAAAGCGCAGGUUGACUUGUUCUGUGAGCUGACAGGCCACCUACCUCAUCACAUGGAUGGACACCAGCACGUCCACGUCCUCCCAGAGAUCAGGCAAGUCUUUGCACAAGUGCUGGAGGAUUAUGGGAUCACAUAUACACGGGUCCCCAUAGAACCUGACCUUCCCCGUUGCGAUUGGAUCGACCCGACGUUAAUGGCCUUUUACCUGGGCGUGGAGAAGGACUCGCUUAACACAGUGGACGUGUUUAGGAAGCACGGCAUAAGGUGGCCAGAUAUAUAUAUAGGGCUGAGCACCAUGGGGAAAAAUAUGUCUGUCGGCAAUAUCCUUAGCGCCAUUGAUAACGCUACUGUGCCGUACUUAGCUAAAGAGGACGCCACCUCUGUUCCUUCAAGUUUGUUCCUGUGCCCAGAGCAAGAAGCCAGGGCUGUAACCAUUGAGUUGAUGACACAUCCAGGUUACCCCAGCCUUCCACCAGUCGGGGGCUGUGGUGAGGGGCCGGAUGAGUUCUCCCAGUCCUGGGAACGCUUGCACGAACUCGAGACCUUGACGGACGCCGAGCUGCAGAGCCAUUACAAAACGAGGAACAUUCAGCUAUGUGCAUUUAAAGAUCUUGAGAUGUGACCGACUUGAGACUGUUGCUUUAGUAGUUACCAUGUGGGCAGGUCUGGAUUCGGACUGAAGCCAAGAAAGUCAUGGAGCCCGGAGCCCAGAAGCGUCUUGGUCCGGAGAGUCCUCUUGCGGAUCGGAGCUCCCAUUCUUCUCCUUGGGUCUCUGAAGUCAGAGGUUUCUCCCUCUUCAUAAGGCAGGGGAGAAGAGGCCGUAGAGCAGAGGAUUCCAGGAGCCGGGAAAGGACUGGUCUGGUCCAUUG